ACCAAACAUAAGCCAAUAAGCCACAAGAAGUAGCACUUAGUAAUACCAAUACAACACAUAUAAUGUCAUCAACAUCACGAAUAGAAAACACUUCUAGUAUACUGCAACAUGAGGUCCAAUUACAACUGCAUAUAUCCACUGAUGAAAUAAGAGACACGAUAAUGUCCAGUACUUCAGAAAAUAACCACCACUUCAUAGACGAAGAUGAAGAAGAUGAAAUGGGAAAUCUACGAAUUAAUCAUGAAGAACCCAGUGAAGAUGCAUCAACAGCUGAGCAACAACCUAAUCUAGAGCAAAUUCAACGCGUUUACUACAUGAAGGGGCUUGAGGAAUUGGAGUCAUUGCAGUUGUUUGACUUAUCUCCCUUGGCCAAUUGGAAAUUGUCUUCUUAUAAACCUGGAUUUGGAUUGGUUCAAUUACGCGAUGAUUCUCCUGAUACAUACUGGCAAUCAGAUGGCAGUAAUCAGGGGAAUAACUUACAGCAUCUGAUAACAAUACAGUUCUCCAAGAAGGUUGCACUUGAGAGAAUAUCGAUAUUUACAAAUUAUUCACUAGAUGAAAGUUAUACUCCUUCCAAGAUCAAGAUUAUGGCAGGUAGUUGUGACGGUUGGGAUAUGAUCGAUGUAUGCACGGUUAACUUCAAUCAACCUAUUGGUUGGUCCCAUAUUAUCUUCAAUGGAAUCAGAAAUGAUGGAGUAUUGAAAUGUUUCAUGGUGAAGUUAAUCGUAUUAGCCAACCAUCAAGAAGGGAAGGAUAGUCAUAUACGAGCAAUUAGAUGUUUUGGAAAGAAAUCUGUACGACCUGGAGCGAACGAGUCUAAUAAUGCGCUAUUGCAUCACGAUUUGCUUAAAGAUUUAAGUAUGGCUAGUGGAUCUACUAGCUUGUCUGGGUUACUGAUAAACACACAUACCAUGAUCUCAUGUGAUGAAAAGGAGAACGAAGAGGAAGAACAUGAAGAACACGUAAACAGUUCAAGUGUGUUGACUAAUGUGUCACAAGUUAUUGGGUUCAAUACAGGUUUCCAAAGUUUAGAACUUAAAAGUAUAUCAUCUAUAAGAUAAAACUAACUAAGAAGAAGCAUUGAUUUUAAGAGAAAAAUCAAUAAUUCCGGUACCUUGAUGGAUAGAAGAAGUAGAAUAAAUAUCAAUGUCGUUACACAAAUAGUUACUCAAGUUUUGCAAGGUCAACCCACCCGAACAUUCCAAAAGGAACUUGGUUUGGGUUCCCUUAUAGUGAGUCUUCAAACUUUGAGCAACCUUACGUAAUUCGUCACCAGUAAAGUUAUCCAACAUAAUAACAUCUGCACCUGCAUCUAUAGCUUCUUUAGCGUCUUGUUCACUACUUACUUCAACUUCAACCUUCACGGCAAAUCCACAUACUGAUCUAGCCUUAGCUACGGCAUUAGUGAUACUACCAGUAGAAGUAAUAUGGUUAUCCUUUAACAUAACCAUAGAACUCAAAUCGUAUCUAUGGGUAUCAACACCACCAACUAACAUGGCAUAUUUUUCAACUUGUCUUAAUCCAGGGGUAGUUUUUCUAGUACCAGCAAUGAUACCAGUAUAUCCACUCUCAUCGGCCAAUUUCUUAGUAAUGUAAGAUUGGGUAGCCACACCAGAAGCUCUAGCCAAUAAAUUCAAGGCAGUACGUUCAGCAAGUAAGAUAUUGCUAGCGGCACCCUCGACAGUAGCAACAACGAUUUUACCACCGGCUUGAGCAAGUUGUUCCUUAGUGACGUACUCACCUUCAUGAUGAUGCCAUGUGACUUUCAAUUGAGUUUGGUGGAAUACUUCAGCAGCAAAGGGGAUACCACAGAUUAAUCCGGGGGCCUUCAUGUAUAAUGAACCAGUUUCUGGCUUGUCACCCACGACAAACCCACCAAAAUCAAAAGAUGGGACGUCCUCACUGAGGUAGUCUGUUAUAUCAGAUUUCCAUUUACCACUUACUGGUAAGAGAUUAGCGUAAUGGGACAUGUUGGUUGGUAUUUGGGAGGAAAGAUGU